ACAGUAGAUACCGAUUGUCUUCAAAGGUAGUGCUUGUAAAUUGUCCAAUCACAUUUCUUUUAAAACGUAAAGUAAAAUUAGAUGAGUGAAAUGUUAUUACUAACAUUUAUCAGCCCCGGCAGCAAAAGAUCAUACAAUUUCUAAUGAUAAAAUAAACUCAUAUUUUUUUUUAUUUUUAGCUUUAUAAUUUAUUUAGGAUAAUUUUAGAUCCUUAAACGUAAGUGUCGCAGUAAAUUGAAAUAAAGCCAUUUAUUUCAAUGUACGACGGAGUACAGUACAUUUCUGUCUUGUCUGAACAUAAGGUUUUUUUUUUUUGGUUGUGAAAGGCAUUUAACAUGUACAAGUAGGCAUGCACAAAAUUCACAACUGCUUGAAUAUAUUGCUUCAGUAAGAAUAUGAUUUGUUUCCCCUCCUAGGAGUGAGAAUGUAGAGUCCGUCGUUAGUCUCUGUAUUGAUAAAUGUUCCCUUCUAUUGUAGAAUGUGUUCACUGUAGAGGCCUCAGAUCCGAAAAGGAAAUAAUACAACUAAUUCAAGAUACCUACGGUAAAAUCUAAGUUAAAUGUAUUUUAUUUGUGAAAAAAACAAACAAACAAAACAACAACAACAAAAAACUAAAGGAAACGAUUAUACACAUUACAAAGCCAACUUGUUUGCUUAAGAUGACCCCUCUGCCCUCAUUCUGGUUUUCCACUCCAUACCAGUAGGUGGCAGUAAUAUACCGCCUACCGCAUCUAACACCCAGAGAGAGGAGGAAGAAGAAGAAAAUCAAAUUUAUAGCGCCUUUCUCCUCUUCUCGGCUAUUGCCUGCAACAUUUUCAUAUAUUCUUUAAGCUUCCAGAAGGACGCGCUUUUGACAGGCAGUAUGGCGCAAUCUCUGCGAAAUAUGCUAGAAGAAAACACCGCCAGGUUUAAGAGGUCUCUGGACCGAAUCGCUGAAAAGUAUUCAAAAGUCAAGGAUAAAGACGACGUGCAAGAGGUCGAUAUCAAAAAAAUUGGACUAAGAACUCUUUCAAAGUAUUUCGCAGAGUCCAGAGACCACUUCGAAAAGUCAGCGUCACAGAGCCAGCUAGAUGUAAGCGAUUGCUCCUUAAACUCAAGUGUCACAGCACAUUCUCAGUUAAAUUUGUCAUGUAAAGCUGAUGAAGUGAAGGACUGCAGUGAACAUGCUAAUGAGGAUAACGCAGAGGGAACUCUCAAGUCAUUGGAUGAGACAUGGAGGAGCCUGUCGGAGAGCGAGCUUCUGCCAGAGGACCAAGACGAAGAGCUGCAGAUGUCUCUGAGCAGUCGGUCCAACACCCUGGCCGAGCUCUACCCAACGAUGGUUAGUCGGAUAGAAAGAGCCUGGCAUCGACAGGCCAUCUGCACGACGGCCAGCUCCGUGCUGAGGCGGUACCGCCAGUGGAGGCGGUACCGCCAGUGGAGGCAGCAGUCGAGGAGACUCAACACCACCUUUGACAUCACAGCGAGACCCAAUGACAACCACCUGAAACUGUCGGCUAGCAAGAGGCUUCUCGGAGGCUACCGCCGGUGCAGGCAGCAGUCUAGGAGACUCAACACCACCUUUGACAUCACAGCGGGACCGAAUGACACCCACCUGAAACCGUCGGCCAGCAAGAGGCUUCUCGGAGAGGACUCGGGCAGACCUGCAGAGGGGAUGUGGACCGAGACGAUACCUCGUCCUGUCCCCUCGACACUGGGGAACCUGCGUAAUGGACAACAGUCUCCUGGUAGGGACAGGGGAUUGCUGAUCGGGGACACCCCACAUUCCAUCAGGCUAAUACACUUCUCUGACACCGCUAAGCCACAAGAGAUGUCGUUGAACAAGACUUUCACUGUGUCUGAGUAUUCCCCUCGUAAACAAACCCACCUUGCUGAUCAGAUCCCCAUCAAUGCCAAAUCAUCCCCAGAUUCGUCCUUCAGACUUAGGAGACUUUCCGUUUCUUCAGACGGAGCAGAGGUCUCAGCAGCAGAAACUCUCUCUGUGCCAGAGAGGCCCGAUAUCUACAGAACCCCUGCCAAGGAAAGAACAGCUAGUGCCCUCUGUCGGUCUCCUCUUGCAUUUUCCAGAAGAAAAUACGACGAGGAUUGGUCAAGAGAACCGAUGAAGCCUAGAUCACUUUCCCCUUCCAUGUCUUCUCCUUCCAAGAGGCCUGUUGUGCAGGUGAAGAUUUUUGAUCCCCAAGACUCCACUCAGUCACCCCGGCAACGGCCCGUCUUGCCUCCGCCGGCCCGGGCGGAGACUAGCCACCGCGGGUUCAGACGGAACCUCUCCUAUGACUCUUCUCUGCCAGGCCGCGCCUACCAAUCGCCAAAGAAAGUCGAGGACGACUACCUGAGGGUUUACCACAAGUUUGUGUGCCAGAGAAAAUCGGCUCCCUUCGACGCCCUUCCUUGCCAUCUGUAUGGCAGAAGCUCUGAGGCCGAGAGGACCGCGUCCUUCACGUCGUUGGCAGCACUCGCCUUGUCGCCCCACCGCUCCAUCCUGAGGAAGCGCCACAGGGAGCAGAGGUGUGACGGCCACCCGCAGUCCAAACGCCUCAGGUACGAGAACUACGCCUACUCCCCGGGGUCCAAGCGUCACAGCGAUGAGAUGCUCAGACGCUGCCAGUCGCCCAAACCCAGCGCCGUCCCUUACAGCCCCUGUAAACACAGAUCCCAGGAUUCUACAGCAUACCUGGAGGCCUGGAUGUACCGGCACCAGCCUCUCUUCUCUUCUCCGGGUCGACUUGAGAAUGAUGCAUGUGAUGGUUUCUCUCCCAGAAACUGGAGAUAAAUCGAGAUGAACAAGUAACUACAGUUGGUCCUGUGCAGAAGAACCGUUUUAGAGUGGAUGUAGUGUAGCUUUUAUAGCAGUCUGUUCUUGUUGGAUCAUAGCUGAAUCUAAAGCAUUCUGAAUCCUUAUUGCUAAUCGAUUACAUAUAAAGCAUAUAUUGUUAAUCUCAUUGUACUUGUUUUUAUGUUUGCCUUUAUUAAAGUUUCAAAAAAAUAUCAACUUGGCAAAAAGAAUAAAUUCAAUUUAAAGACAUCGAGUAAGAGUUUAAUAUUUUUGGUCUCCAGUUGUGUUUCUUGCACAUUUUAAUGUUCUGAUAUGAAAAUGCUUGGAAUACAAAGUUUUUUUCUAAACACAUUUGAUCUUUAAACAUAUAAAAGGAAACAAAUAUACAUAGUUAUUAGUGUGCUUAGAAAAUAAAUCACACAUCCAUUGAUUUAGGAAAACAGUAGUGUUGUAAAGCUCAACCAAAAGCAGCAUUUUGUCGCCUUCCUAAAAUAGUGGUGAGAGUCUUUUUUUUUUAACCAAAAGAUUUAGACAAAAAAAAAAAAAAAA